AUGACAACAACAACAACAACAUCAUCAUCAUAUGCAAUUGGCAUUGAUGUAGGAACAGGAAGUGUUCGUUGUAUGAUUUUUGAUGAUAAAUGGUCACCGGUUGUUCAAUGUCAAAAACCCAUUCGUACAUUUCAUUCGUCAUCUGCUCCAUUAGAAUAUGAACAAUCAUCAGCUGAUAUUUGGGAAGCAAUUUGUUAUUGUGUUCGAAAAUGUCUUGAACUUGGUUCAUUUACAUCUGAACAAAUCGGAUGUAUUCGUUCGAUUGGUUUUGAUGCAACAUGUUCACUUGUUGUUGUUGAUGAAAAAUAUGAACCUGUUAGUGUUUCACUUUCCGGUAAUGAUGAACAAAAUAUAAUUAUGUGGCUUGAUCAUCGUGCUCAUGCUGAAGCUGCUAUUAUAAAUUCAAGUUCGGAUGAAGUUUUAAAAAAUUUUGGUGGUAAAAUUAGUCUUGAAAUGCAACCAGGAAAAUUAAUGUGGCUUAAACGUAAUUUAUCAAAAGAACAAUGGGCACGUUCGAAACAUUUUUUUGAUUUACCUGAUUAUUUACAUUUUCGUGCAACUGAACAAUUCGAUCGUUCAUUUUGUUCAUGCGUAUGUAAAUUAUGUUAUCGUUCAUCUGAAAGUAAACAUGGAUGGGAUGAAAAAUUUUGGUCAAAAUUUGAUUUAAAUGAUUUAAUGGAAAAUCAAAGUGAAAAAUUAGGUCAACUCGUUCGAAAACCAUUUUCAAAAUCGGAUACAGAUAUUUUAAGUAAAAAAGCAGCUGAUGAACUUGGAUUACCACAAGGUAUUCAUGUUGGUUCACCAUUAAUUGAUGCAUAUGCAGGAGCAUUAGGUGGAUUAGCAUGUAAAUCUCCAAUACCUGAUACUCAUCUUUCCGAACGACUAGUUAUAGUUGCUGGUACAUCGAGUUGUUUUAUGGCCUGUAGUGAGAAAGCAGUUUUUGUUCCAGGAGUUUGGGGUCCACAUUAUAAUGUACUCAUUCCUAGUCUUUGGCUUAGUGAAGGUGGUCAAUCAGCAGCUGGAAAAUCUAUUGAUCAUAUCAUACAAACACAUCCAGCUUAUAACGAAUUACAAGAAUUAGCCAAAGAAAAAAAUACAAAUACAUUCAAUAUACUUAAUGAUAUUUUAAAUAAUUUACAAAAGAAAUAUAAAGUUGCGAAUGUCUCAUUAUUAAGUGGUGAUUUACAUAUGACUAUUGAUUUUCAUGGUAAUCGUUCACCAUUAUCGGAUCCAGAAUUAGGUGCUGCAAUGACUGGUCUUCGUUUUGAUACAUCAUUAAAUAACUUAGCAAUACAAUAUUUAGCUGUUUUACAAGCUGUUGCUUAUGAUAGUCAACAUAUAAUUGAAGCAAUGACUAAAGCUGGUCAUCAUUUUCGUGUCGUACAAAUUUGUGGUGGUUUAGCACGUAUACCAUUAUUAACACAAAUUCUUGCUGAUGUUAUUCAAAUGCCUGUUUAUGUAUCUGAUGCAACUAUUGAUUGUGUUCUAUUAGGUUCAGCUAUAUGUGGUCAAUUAAUAGCUGAUAAUGCACAUCAAGUUGAAGAUUUACUUAAUGGCAUAGCUUGUCCAAUUGAAAUUUAUAAGCCCGAUAAAAAUAUGAUUGAUUUUCAUAAGGAUAAAUAUGACAUUUAUCGUUUAUUACAAAAAACAGAAAUCGAAGGUCGUAAACGUAUGAGUAAAUACUGUCAAGCAUAA